GUCAUAACCGGAAGUGCGAGCUGGUUUUGGACCAGAAGGUCGAAGUCAUGAUCGUAGCAGGUUGCUACAACAAAGAAUACUCAACAAAAACAUUUAAUUUAAUGGAUAGAUGGAUGGAUUGAUUAGAGUUUGGCUUUCUCUAAACUGACAGAAAUAUAGACUAAUAAUAAGGCUCCCAUGCAAGUUAACAGAAAAAAGUUGCAAAGAAAAAUUACAACUCAACAAACAUUUUAAUGUUCCCCCUUUGAACCUCAGUGCAAUGGAUAUAUAGAGCUACUUGUCAUUUGGAAUUGGGUAUGAUUAUAAUUAGCAAAAGUGCAAUAUUACUAUGAAGUUUUGAAAUACAAAUAAGAAAUUUUGCAAUACGAAAGUCACAAUGGAAGAAGAGAUACUUGAACCUCCUACCAAAAAGCUCAAAACGGGUAUAAACGGAUCUGAAGACGCAAGUCUUAAACUUAAAGAACAAUCAGACGUUAACAAAACGCCAAGUUCAAAAUCGGAAACCCAAAAUGUUGAAGAAAUGACACAAAGUUCCGAAGACAAGAAAAAGCUAAAAAGCAAAGAAUUGAAUUUGGGUGAAACCAAACUGUCCAGACUUGGGGGGGUGGCAGGUCCGGAAGGGUUAGAAUUUGAUGUCAUCGAUGAGUUUGAAAUCACGGACAAGGAGGAGAAGGGAAGCAGUCCGGCGGAUGUGGAGGACCGUUACCAUGGCAACGAGGACAUCUCAGAUGACGAGGACAUUGACAUUGACGCCAUGUUGGAUGCCGGAGUGGCCCAUUAUAAGAAACAUAGGGGGGGACAGGAUGGGGAGGGGAGGGGCGGUGAGGCGUCAGAAGAGCCCAUCAUCAAGUAUAAAACUGUCCUCAAGUCUCUAGGUCACGAGCCCCUGGAGCCGCUGCCUGAAGGGUGGAUCGUGACGACGCACAACUGCGGCAUGCCGGUGUACCUCCACCGCGAGACACGCGUCGUCUCGUGGUCUCGCCCCUACUUCCUCGGGACCGGCAGCAUCAGGAAACACAACAUCCCCAUUUCCAGUAUUCCCUGCUUCCACUACAUCAGGGAGAAGGAGAAGAAACUGGGCCCCCUUCUGUGUGACAUCACCACACAAACCCAUGAUGUCACCACACAGGGUGUUCCGCAUGAGGUCAAGGUGAAAACAGAGGUCAGAAGUGUCUGCCCAUAUAACGGUGAUGAAAGCACGACAAGUCGUGAUGUCAUCAAAUCUGAGGAGGAUGACAGAAGUGAUGAUGUCGCGAAGGUCAUGGCGGGGUCAGAAGAAUCUCAAGGUCACCAAGAUGGCGGCGACUCGGAUGACAUCAGCACGAACGGCUCUAACCACGCCUCCGCCCCAACCAGCGACAGGGAGCAUGCUGGGAAGCCUGAUGACAUCACCGCUGCAGUGUGCACGUCAAGUGAUGACCCGGUGAGCAGCUCAGAAACUGAUGAUGUCACCGCUCCUGCUGAUGCGGACGGGUCUGACCAGAACGGAGGCCGUGAUGCCAUUUCCGCGGCAACUGUUGCCAUGGAAACAUCCUCUGACAACGGCACCAACCACGAAGCGUCUGCUAGCAGCAGUGCAACAGAAGGAACGUGCCAUUCUACCAAAGGGGAGGUCAAGCUUGGUCAGGCAGCCAAACUUGAGGUGUGCAGGGAGGAAUCUGUAGAUGCGGACCAGUUCCGAAGUUACUUGGAGAGAAGGUUCAAGUUCGACACCAUCACAAUCCGCAAGUUCAGAACCUGGGCAGAGCGCCGACAGCACAACAAACUCAUGAAGAAAAAGGAACUGGAAGAUCGGCCGACACUGUCCUCCAAUGCCAAAGUCAUCACCCUGUCCGUCCCUGGAGCAGACAGCAACAAACCAGCCGGCCAGAAGAGAGAAUUCCUGUUGAACCCUGCUGGCAAGUCGUCAGUGUGUAUUCUACAUGAGUACACACAGAGGGUCAUGAGGGCACAGCCACAGUACCAGUACACAGAGUGUGACAAUGCAGCAGAGCCUUUUGCUGCGACAGUAGAAAUCCAGAGCAUUAAAUACGGGACAGGAACGGCCAGCAGCAAGAAACAGGCUAAACUCAAGGCAGCCAAGGCCACACUGGAGAUCCUGAUUCCUGACCUGUACAAGCAGAACAGUGAAGCCGUGUCAGAGGAGAUGGAGUACUUUGACCACAUCGGUGUGGAGGACAGCCGUGUUUAUGAACUCUGCAGCAAGGCCGGUCAGCUGUCUCCCUACCAGAUGCUCACCGAGUGCCUCAAGAGGAAUUUUGGAAUGGCCGACACAGACAUCAAGUUUGAUGUCGCGGUGGGUAAGCACCAGAAGAGCCAGUACACCAUGACGGUGGGAAAACACACUGUACAGGACUGGUGUAAGAACAAGCGGAUAGGGAAGCAGCUGGCUUCUCAGGCCAUUCUACAGAAACUCCAUCCUCACAUCAAGACAUGGGGGUCGCUUAUAAGGAUGUACGGACGGGAUUCCUCCAACUUUCUUAAGGAGAAAAAGGAGGAAGAACAGAGCAUUUUGGAGCUGACCCAGUUCUCUAAGAAGAACCGACCCAACAUGAAAAUCAUCGACAAACUUCAGGCAGAGAUGAGAAAACUCAAGGAGCAACGGGAUGCGCUGACUGGCAAGAGGAAGUUCAACCCAGGCAAUGUGGAGAAACCUCCCAACUCUCUCCUCUGCACCCUGGAUGUCUGAGAAAUGAUACACAAAGUUCCAACUAGAAAUACUA